AUGGAAGCGAGAACCCCCGAUCAUAACUGUAAGGAGCUCAUAGGUGAAAUUUACUUGAACAGGCUGGACCUGACGGACACUCCCCUCCAGAACCCAGAACUGGAACAGUUCACUGACAGAAGCAGUUUCAUCCAAGACGGGCAGCACAAAGCAGGCUCUGCCAUAACGACAACUGACGAGAUAGUGAAGGCCGAGGCCUUCCACAAGCGUGGUCAGCACUGCAGGCUGAGCUAUGGGCACUCGCCCAGGCCUGACUUCUCUCCGCUGGCGCCCCUGACCGCUGGGCUCGGCUCGGCCCCGCCUCCAGGCCGCUCCGCUUUUUCACUGCGCGUGCGCACAGCGUCACACACCCGGAAGCGGAGAGCGGCGAGCGGAGGUCUCAGCGCAAAAUUCACUUUACCUGAGGGUGAAGCCCAGAAGAGGAGGAAGAUGAGAGAAAACAAGUCAGGCAUGGCUCUUUCUCAGAGACAGUUGACCAUCGAGGAUGUGGACAUCAAGUUCACUCCAGAAGAGUGGGAAUGCCUCGACCCUGCUCAGAGGGCCUUGUACUGGGAUGUGAUGGAGGAGACCUACAGGAACCUGCUGUCUGUGGAUGUGUCUCAUAUACAUGUGACCAAGAAAUUACAAGCAAAAGGAAACAGUGGAAAAGGAGAAAUUAUGCAAAGAGUGAUGUUUGGAAGAACUGAAACCCAUGAAACCAAAGAUUUUUUCCUCGGGAAGAUAGAGGAAACUGUGCAUGGUUUUGAGAGUCUGUGGACAGAUGAUGAAAGAAGUGACAAUGAAAUAUCUAUAUCCCAUAACAAAAAUCUUACUGAUGGAAAAGAUCAUCAGAAUAGAAAUGAUGCAGGAGAUAAGCCUGUUGAAAGACUCGGAUCAAGCUUUCAUGAAGAAUUGCAGAUGCUUCAGUCUGAAGGGACGAUUUUUGAAUGUAGUCAAAUUGUGACGAAUAUUAACAGUAGCCCCUCAGGUUUGCCACCUCAGAGAACUCAUAGUGUCUGCAAAGGCAUUUGUCAUAAACGUGAGAGUGCUGUUAUGCGUCCCUCAGAACAGGCCCUAGACCAGGAAGGACACAAGAAAAAAUCUUACAAAACUCCUGAGUGUAGCAUAACCUUUCUUCAGCACUCAGAACUCACUAGACAUCAAAGAAUCCUUACAGGAAGAAAACCAUAUAAAGCUGACAUACAUGGCAAGGCCUUUAAUGAUAAUGAGAGCCUUGCAGUUCAUCGGAGAAAUCAUACUGGAGAGAAACUGUAUAAAUGUGAUGUAUGUAGCCACAGCUUUAAACAGAACACAGCCCUUCAAAUUCAUCUGAGAGUACAUACUGGAGAGAGACCAUAUAAAUGUGAUGUAUGUGGCCACUCCUUUAAGCACAAGACACACCUUCAAAAUCAUGGGAGAACUCAUACUGGAGAGAAGCCAUAUACAUGUGAUGCGUGUGGAAAGGCCUUUACUCGAAAAGAAAGCUGUGCACUUCAUCAGAUCCUUCAUACUGGAGAGAAACCAUAUAAUUGUGAUGUAUGUGGCCGUGGCUAUACUCGAAAGUCACAACUUAGAAUUCAUCGGAGAGUUCAUACUGGAGAGAAGCCAUAUACAUGUGAUGUGUGUGGAAAGGCCUUUUCUCGCAAGGAAGGAUGUGCACUUCAUCAGAUCCUUCAUACUGGAGAGAAACCAUUUAAGUGUGAUGUCUGUGGCCGUGGCUAUAUUCGAAAGUCACAACUUGAAAUUCAUCAGAGAGUUCAUACUGGAGAGAAGCCAUAUAAAUGUGAUGUCUGUGGAAAGGCUUUUACUCGCAAAGAAAGCCAUGCACUUCAUCAGAUCCUUCAUACUGGAGAAAAACCAUAUAAAUGUGAUCUGUGUGGACAGGCCUUUACUCGCAAAGAAAGCCAUGCACUUCAUAAGAUCCUUCAUACUGGAGAGAAACCAUAUAAAUGUGAUGUAUGUGGCCGUGGCUAUACUCGAAGCACACAACUUGCAAUUCAUUGGAGACUUCAUACUGGAGAGAAACCAUAUAAAUGUGAUGUGUGUGGCCAUGGCUAUCCUCGAAAGUCACAACUUGUAAUUCAUCAGAGAAUUCAUACUGGAGAGAAUCCUUAUAAAUGUGAUGUAUGUGGCUGUGGCUUUACUGGAAAGAGACAACUUAGAAUUCAUCGGAGAAUUCAUACUGAAGUGAAAUCUUACAAAUGUAACAAUUGUGGCAAAUGUUUUUUUGCACUGUUUUCCUUAAAUAAACAUCAAACAAUUCAAACAGGUGAGAAAGCAUGUAAAUGUAAUUUGUGUGGCAAAAUGUUCAGUUCCAGGUGUUAUUUAGCAGUUCAUCAGAGAACUCAUACUGGGGAAAAACCAUAUAAAUGUGAUGUGUGUGGAAAGGCCUUUACUCGCAAACAAAGCCGUUCACUUCAUCAAAUUCUUCAUACUGGAGAGAAACCAUAUAAAUGUGAUGUGUGUGGCCAUGGAUAUACUCGAAAGUCACGACUUGUAAUUCAUCACAGAGUUCAUACUGGAGAGAACCCUUAUAAAUGUGAUGUAUGUGGCUGUGACUUGACUGGAAAGAGACAACUUAGAACUCAUCGGAGAAUUCAUACUGAAGUGAAAUCUUACAAAUGUAACAGCUGUGGCAAAAGAUUUUUUGCACUGUCAUCCUUAAAUAAACAUCAGGCAGUUCCAACAGAUGAGAAAGCAUGUAAAUGUAAUUUGUGUGGCAAAAUGUUCAGUUCUAGGUGUUACUUAACAGUUCAUCAGAGAACUCAUACUGGAGAGAAACCAUAUAAAUGUGAUUUAUGUGGCCAUGGCUAUCCUCGAAAGUCACAACUUGUAAUUCAUCAGAGAAUACAUGCUGGAGAGAAUCCUUAUAAAUGUGAUGUUUGUGGCUCUGGUUUUACUGGAAAGAGACAACUUAGAACUCAUUGGAGAAUUCAUACUGAAGUGAAAUCUUACAAGUGUAACAACUGUGGUAAACGUUUUUUUGCACUGUCAUCCUUAAGUAAACAUCAGGCAGUUCAAAUAGAUGAGAAAGCAUGUAAAUGUAAUUUGUGUGGCAAAAUGUUCAGUUCCAGGUGUUACUUAGCAGUUCAUCAGAGAAUUCAUAUUGGAGAGAAACCAUAUAAAUGUAUUGUGUGUGGCUGUGGCUAUACUCGAAAGUCACAACUUGGAAUUCAUCAGAAAGUUCAUGCCGGAGAGAAGCCAUAUAAAUGUGAUGUAUGUGGCUGUGAAUUUACUGGAAAGAAACAACUUAGAACUCAUCGGAGAAUUCACACUGAGGUGAAAUCUUACAAGUGUAACAGCUGUGGCAAACUUUUUUUUGCACUAUCAUCAUUAAAUAAACAUCAGGCAGUUCAAUCAGAUGAGACAGCAUGUAAAUGUAAUUUGUGUGGCAAAAUGUUCAGUUCCAGGUGUUGUUUAGCAGUUCAUCAAAGAACUCAUACUGGAGAGAAACCAUAUAAAUGUGAUGUGUGUGGAAAGGCCUUUACGCGAAAAGAAAGCCAUGCACUUCAUCAGAUCCUUCAUACUGGAGAGAAACCAUAUAAAUGUGAUGUAUGUGGUCGUGGCUAUACUCGAAAAUCACAACUUGAAAUUCAUCAGAGAGUUCAUACUGGAGAGAAACCAUAUAAAUGUGAUGUGUGUGGAAAGGCCUUUACUCGCAAAGAAAGCCAUGCACUUCAUCAGAUCCUUCAUACUGGAGAGAAACCAUAUAAAUGUGAUGUAUGUGGCCGUGGCUAUAUUCGAAAGUCAAAGCUUGUAAUUCAUCAGAGAAUUCAUACUGGAGAGAAUUCGUAUAAAUGUGAUGUAUGUGGCCGUGGCUUUACCGGAAACAGACAACUUGGAAUUCAUCGGAGAAUUCAUACUGAAGUGAAACCUUUCAAAUGUAACAGCUGUGACAAACGUUUUUUUACUCGGGCGUCCUUAAAAAUACAUGAAGUAGUUCAUACAGAUGAAAAAGCACGUAAAUGUACUUUAUGUGGCAAAGUCUUCAGUUCCAGGUGUUACCUUACAGUUCAUCAGAGAACUCAUACUGGAGAGAAACCAUAUAAAUGUGAUGUGUGUGGGCAGGCGUUUACUCGCAAAGAAAGCCAUGCAGUUCAUCAGAUCCUCCAUACUGGAGAGAAACCGUAUAAAUGUGAUAUAUGUGGCCGUGGCUAUACUCGAAGCACACAACUUGCAGUUCAUCAGAGGGUUCAUACUGGAGAGAAACCAUAUAAAUGUGAUGUAUGUGGCAAAGCCUUUAGAGUAAAUGGCAGCCUUACAUCUCAUCGGAAAAUUCAUUGCCGAGAGAAACCAUAUAAAUGUGAUGUAUGUGGCAAGGCCUUUAGUGUAAACGGAAGCCUUAGAACUCAUCAGAAAAUUCAUACUGGAGAGAAACCAUAUAAAUGCGAUGUAUGUGGCAAGGCCUUUAGAGUAAACGGAACCCUUACAUCACAUCAGAAAAUUCAUACUGGAGAGAAACCGUAUAAAUGUGAUGUAUGUGGUAAGUCCUUUACUAUAAACGGAAGCCUUACAACUCAUCGGAAAAUUCAUACUGGAGAGAAACCAUAUAAAUGUGAUGUGUGUGGCAAGGCCUUUAGUUUAAAUGGAAGCCUCACAUACCAUCAGAAAAUUCAUUCCAACGAGAAACCAUACAAAUGUGAUGUAUGUGGCAAGGCCUUUCGAGUAAAAGGAAGCCUUACAUCUCAUCAGAAAAUUCAUACUGGAUAGAAAGCAUAUAAAUGUGAUGCAUGUGGCAAGGUCUUUAGUUUCAAAUCAACCCUUGCAUUUCAUCAAAGAAUUUAUACUGCAGAGAAAUGUUACAAAUUAACAAUGGUGACAGAGCUUUUAGUGCAGUCAUCCUUAUCUCUCCAUCAGGCAGUUCAUACAGGAGAGAAAGCAUAGAAAUGCAUCUAUGUGGCAGUCUUCAAUUCCAGCUGUUACUUUGCAGUUCAUUAGAGAACUCAUAUUUGAGAGAAACCAUAUAAAUGUUAUGUAUGUGGCAAGACCUUUAGUCAAACUGAAAACCUUGCAAUUCAUUGGAGUAUUCAUACUGGAGAGAAAGCAUAUGAAUGUGUUGUCUGGUAAGGCCUUUAGUCAUAUUGGUAAGCUUGCAGUUUAUCCAAAAUUCAUACUGGAGAGAAACCGUAUAAAUGUGUUGUGUGUGGCUGAUGCUUUACUUGAUGUGCACAACUUGGAAUUCAUCCGAGAAUUCAUACUGGAGAGAAAACACAUGAAUGUGAUCUCAAUGUCAAGGCUUGUAAUCUAAAUGCAAACUUUACAGUUCAUCAGAGAAUUCAUGUUGGAGAGAAACCUUACAAGUGAAACAAUGGUGACAAAAGUUUUAGUGCACAGCCAGUCUUAACUCACCAUCAGGCAAUUCAUACAGGAAAGAAUGCAUAGAAAUGUGAUGUAUGUGGCCAGUGGUUUACUUGAAAUGACCAUCAUAAGAAGCAUCAGAUAAUCAUAGUGGAGAAAACUGUUAAAAAUGGGACAAUUGUGAGAAGCAUUUUAGUGCAACUGUAAUGAGUAUGGCAAAGCCCCUAAUCUGAGUUCAGGCCUUAUAAUUCAUCAGAAUUCAUACUGUAUAGAAAGCGUAAAAAUGAAUAUGGCAAAGUUUGUAGUUCACUUUCAGCUGUAACUGACCAUUUUGCAGUUCAUACAGGAGAGAAGCCACAUCAAUGGGAUUUUUACGACGAAGCCUGCAGUCACAUGGAAUGACUUUGCAGAUCAUCUGAGAGUCAGUGCAGUGAAAACUUCUAAAUCUAGUGAGUGAAGAAAGUAUAUGAAGUUUUGGGCCUUCAGAAAAGUCAGACUGGAGGAAAACUGCAUGAAUGUGGUAGAUAUGGUAAAGCUUUGAUUCUAUAUUCAUACCUAACUGAUCCUCAGGUAAUUAAUGUGAAUUGAAAUCUUACCCACAUUAUGCAUGUGGUAAGUCUUUUGGAAGGUGUUCAUUUUUUUACAAAACAUGAGAAAAUACCUACUGGCAAGAAUCCAUACAUUCAGAGCACAAUCAGUCCCUCCAGUGGAGGAAAUAAUAAUGUCUGUGGCCAGGAUUUCAAUAACAGGCAGAUCAUUCCCUUCAUCAGGAAAAUUCAUUAUUCCUUCAGGUGCUAUUCAGGCCUAAAGGCAUCAGGUGACACAAACUUGAGAGACCUUCCAAAUGUUAUCAAUGUGGGCAGGGUUUUUGUUUACACCUUAAGCUUCUUGAGAAUAUUCACACUAGAUAAAAACUGUAUCAUUGUAAUAAUAAAUGUGUCAGGGUUUUUAGGCAACAAUCUGAAGUCAGGCUUCAGUAAAGAAGUCAUUUUGGAGAGAAAGCUCACAAGUGACAUGAGUAUGUAAACCUUAACUUGGGAUCACAACUCACCAUCCAUCACAUCAUCCAUAGUAGAGAGAACCUUACCAGUGUAGAAUAUGGCACAAGGCUUUUAGGUACUCCCUGUUAUCUCAGUGUUCACCAAACACUUUCUACUUAGAAACACAAAUAUUAUGGCAGUUGUGACAAUUACUGCUCACUCUUUAGGUAUCUAAGAACAUAUAUGCUGGAGAUAAACCACACUAAUACAAUGUUUGUGGAAAGCUAUUGUGAAGAAACUUGAGUCAAAAGAACCAGAAAAGUAUGCGUGUGUAUCUGUUUCAUCAUUGAUUGCUGCCAUUUCUGUUGUACCGUUGUUUUCUGCAGUUUUGUGCUCUAAUAAAAUUUGUAUAA